GUGGAGACAGGGCUCUAGGCUACAACUUUGAUGCCAUUUCCUGUGAGUCCUGUAAAGCUUUCUUCAGAAGAAAUGCUCCCAAAGGCCUGGACUACUUUAAGUGCCCUUAUGAAGAAAAAUGCAAGAUGGAUGUAUCAAAUCGCAGGUUCUGUAAAAGAUGUCGCCUACGGAAAUGUUUUGAAAUUGGUAUGAGGAAAGAAUAUAUUUUGACAGAAGAAGAAAAGACAAGAAAGAGAAUGAGAAUAGAAGAGAACAGACGUGAAAAAGAAGUUGAAAAGUUCCGACAUCAAUCAGGUGAUGUAACAUCUUCCAACAACAGAUUACGACCUCUAGAUCCAGAAGAACAGCAGGCUAUCAAUGAAUUGAUCACCGCCUACCAACAAUCUCUGGAAAUCUGUGUAGAUAAUGAUAUCUCACGAAAUAACCCGUCCAUGACUGAUCUGGUCAAUAUUGCUGAGAUCAGUGUCCGCCGAGUUAUCGAUAUGUCCAAAAAGAUCAAGUCAUUCAAAGCCCUCUCACAAACGGAUCAGAUAAGCUUACUUAAAGGUGGUAGUAUAGAACUGCUUAUCAUUCGUUCAGUCAUUACCUUUGAUAGAGAAAAACAACAUUUCUUGGAUCCAUACGAUAAUGGGAAAUAUGCCAUGACUGCUGAACAAUUGAAAAUGGGUGAAGGGUCUGGCUUAUUUGAUGAACAUAUGAAAUUUGUGAAGUCAUUAGCUAUGGAUUUAAAAGCUGAUGAAACUGUGCUCAUUCUCUUGCUGGUCAUUUCACUAUUUUCACCUGAUCGUCCUAGUAUUAGUGAUAAAACCUAUAUUGCUAAAGAACAGGAUAAAUAUGCCUUACUACUUCAACACUAUUUGGAAUCGAAAUAUCCUGUUAGCUACGUCCGCACAAUUUAUCCCAAGCUGCUCAUGAAACUUACAGAUAUUCGAAAUUUGAACGAGGAACAUUCACAAGUUUUACUGAAAGUCAAUCCAGAAGGAAUUCAGCCAUUGAUGAAAGAAGUUCUAGACCUCAAUGUUAAUAAGCUGUAAUGUAAUUGCCUGCCACAUUGUUUGUUUGACUGUAUCAGUCUAAUGGUGCCUCAAUCAUCAGUUUUAGACACAGGAGUUUGGUCUCUGGCAAUUGGUGCAACAAGAUGGUUCUGGCAGAUUAAAGUACCUCUUAUUGAAGUCUUGUGGCUCAUUUGUGAAUAGUCUAUAAAGAAAUGUAAGACAUGUAUAUAAAAUAUUGUGCAGUCUAUAGAGCACACUAAUAUAAUCAGAUUUAUAUGACAGAAGAUUUUAAAAUAGACUGAAAGUUCAAAGUGAAUGAAAUCUAUUUUACUUUUGGAGUUUGAAAGUGAUAUGACUACUAUUUUGUCCCAACUCACAAUAACAGAGUGAUGUUUUCAACUAAUAACUGAUCAUUUGUUUGUACAAGAAGUCAUUCUUCUCAGGAAAUUUGAUGUAGAGUUCACAAUAUCUAGUGUAUCACAGUCAGGGGCAAAGAGUGAAAGCUGUAGAGUGGUCACACCAAAGAGAAAGAGUUCCUAGAGUUAACUGUGAUUUCAUUGAGCUUUCACAUUGUAGCUACCUACUUAAACAACCUUUUAGAGAGAUGACUGAGAGUGAUAGAGUACUGAGUAUACUAACAGAAAAACUAUUAUACCAAAGUUGUAUU